CCCACAUUUCACAUCCUCAGUCAUCUCCCAUUUUGAAACCCUAGCCGACCCCCCGCCCCACAUCAAGAUGCAGAUCUUCGUCAAAACCCUGACGGGGAAGACCAUAACCUUAGAGGUUGAGUCCUCCGAUACAAUCGACAACGUCAAGGCCAAGAUCCAAGACAAGGAGGGCAUCCCACCCGACCAACAGCGCCUUAUCUUCGCCGGGAAGCAGCUCGAAGACGGCCGCACCUUAGCCGACUACAACAUCCAGAAGGAAUCCACUCUCCACCUCGUCCUCCGUCUCAGGGGCGGCGCCAAGAAGAGGAAGAAGAAGACCUACACCAAACCCAAGAAGAUCAAGCACAAGAAGAAGAAGGUCAAGCUCGCAGUGCUCCAGUUCUACAAGGUGGAUGAGUCCGGGAAGGUUCAGAGGCUGAGGAAAGAGUGUCCUAAUGCGGAGUGUGGGGCCGGGACUUUCAUGGCUAAUCAUUUUGAUAGGCACUAUUGUGGUAAGUGUGGGCUCACUUACGUUUACCAGAAGGCUGGUGGAGACUGAGUAGCGUCCGGCUCCACCUUCAGUAAAAAAAAAAACGAAUCAAUAGUUCAUUUUUAUCAGUAUGAGUAGCAUUAAUAUUCAUAAUAUUUGGACCUUUUUUAUUUAUUUCUAAUGUUAUGAUACUUUGGAUAUGAUUUUUGACUUCUGCUUACCAAUUUGAAUUGAAUUAUGGGUUUUUCUA